AUGUUUUUAGUACUUCUGCUGCUUCUUGUUGCAGCAACUCUAUCAGCAAUUCUAUGUUUUAUGAAAAUAGGUAUUGCAAUUUCAUACCAAGGUCUUUUUGCCGAUCAAAUCGACAAUGUUAGUCGAGAAACCGAGCGAAUUGCACUAGUGAAUUGCCUGAGUUGGCGAGUUGCAAAUGAAGCUAACAAUAUAAUUGGAUGGUGGAAAGUUCCGAAAGGAUGCGAAGGGUACGUAAAAGAGUAUCUGUUAGGCUACGGGUAUCGCUCUGAUUCAAAAGUUGUGAUCGACGAAGCUAUCAACUAUGUCGAAACCCUCGGUUUGCCUGAAGAUGGCAGAAGUAUUUGGAUCUUUGACAUCGAUGAAACCGUUCUUUCGAAUGUUCAUUAUUUUAUCGAGCAUGAAUUAUCCGGGAUCGAUCCGUCUUUUUCGACACCUGAGGCUGAGGUACUGCGAGAGUCCUGGAAACUGUACAAUAAAUUAUUAUUUACUGGAAUUAAGAUUGUUUUUUUGACGGGAAGAAAAGAGAACAAACGGGAGUCAACUGUAAGUAAUCUAAAGAAAGCUGGAUAUCACACUUGGAAUAUGCUCAUUCUAAAAAGUGAUGGUAUGGCAAACAAGACAGCGCGAGAAUACAAGUCGAGUAUAAGGGCCGAUCUUGAGAAGAAAGGAUACCGAAUUGUAGGUAAUAUUGGCGAUCAAUGGAGCGAUCUGUUGGGUGGUAGUGCCGGCAGAAGAUCGUUCAAGCUACCUAAUCCAAUGUAUUACAUUCCAUAAAAUUUUUUGAGUGAAGAUUACCAAAAUCAUCUCAAAAGGGAUUGAGAAAUUUUUACAUUAAUUUUGAUCAUCACGCCAUUAAUA